AUGAAGCUCCUCGCUACCAUCACCCUCUUCAGCGCUUUGGCUGCAGCUGCGCCAGUCCUCGACGCACGCGCCACUACCACCGCGAAGACCUCCAGUGCUCUCAAGACCAGCAGCGCAGCGGCCGUCGUCAAGUCUAGCAGAGUCAAGCUUUCAUCCGCCACGGUGCUCGCCGUCGACGCCAGCUUGGGAGGUUCGUCAGCCAAAGCGUCUACAUCCACCAUCACAGCGGCCCCCACAGCCGCUUCGGGUACAGCUCCCACCGCCCUGCCGUCCACCUUCUCCGCCCCCGUCCAGGGCCAAGGCAAGCUCACGCUCGACAACCUGCCCGCUAUGCCAGGUGUGAUCGACAAGGCCUUCUCUGGUGUCCUCGGUGCCGCCUAUGGCCUCAUGUCUGGCGCAUGCGACGCGUCCUACAGAUGCAACAUCACCGUAGCCGGUACCAUCAGCAACCUCCUCGUCGACGGCAACACCUACGGCACCAACACCAGCGUGGUAGCAUGGUGCGAGAGUGGACGCUGCUACGGUACCGCCACUGCGCCCGUGACCGCAACUGCUCCUUUCAUUAUUACCUGCGAUCAGCUCAGCGGUACCCAGGUUUGCUCCGCUACUAUCUCCGGCGCUGCGAACGCUAUCUUCCAGAACGGAAACUCGAUUGAACUCUGGGGCUGGGCCACACCCGCCGGAUACUGCCAGAAUGGCGUUUGCACCGCGUCUAUCACGGCUGUUGGUGACCCAAUGUACUAA